CCUCCGCUCUUUCCUUCUGGUACAAAAAAAUUUCCUCUUCCUUCCCUUUCGUGGCGGUUGAUGUCUCUGAGCUUAAAAAACCCAAACCAAACCACCACCAGACACUUUCAGCUGUGAAGCAGAGAGCCCCUUGCACCGCUAAGUCUGGCCAACCAAACGAGAGAGUUUUGGGGGAUCUCCAUACUUUGUCGCAACCGGACACAGGGACAUAUGUUUCCCCAAGCCAUCAAGAUGCCCGGCAAGAGAUGAAAAUGGCAUCUCCAUGCCAAAAUGCAGAAGUGCGGGGUAGGAUGCAAAAUGUUGGGGGACACGUUACCCCCACAUUGGAAUGACUCCCCUGUGGUAAGAGGAGGCGCUGUCAGUUGUAAGUGAGGACCAGUCCAUCUUCGACCCAUCCUUUGCCUCCUCACACCUCUUGAAGACAGAAGUGUCUCCAGUGGACGAUUAUGGGGGCAAGGAAGAGCCAGGAUUGGAAGACCCCUCCUGGUCAGCCCAGGUCAAUAGCCGAGGCCAUAUGGUGAAACAGGAGAACGAACAAGUCAAUUGCUCCAGCAGCAGACAAUCACCGGUGGAAUGCAGUGCCACCCGCAGGAACAAAGUGGAAGCGGCGGUCGACACAUCCCAAGUGUCCUACUCAACUGGAUACCCCAAUCAACGUAGUCCCCCCGUUUCUUCAUCCAGAGAAGAGAAGGUCAUUGUUCCAGCAGAUCCGGGUGUUUGGAGCUGCGACCACGUCCGUCAGUGGCUGGACUGGGCGGUGAAGGAGUAUGGCCUUCCCGACAUCGAAACCAGCCUCUUUCAGCACAUAGAUGGAAAGGAGCUCUGCAAACUGGGGAAGGAAGGGUUCCUACGCCUCACUUCACCUUACAACACCGAAAUCUUGCUGUCUCACCUCACCUACCUGCGCCAAAGCAGUCCCACUUUCACUUAUCCGUCUGCACCGGUGAUCACCCAGCAGCCUCCUCCGCCUCCACCAAGGGUCCAAGUCAAAUCUGAGUCUGCCUAUGAUGAAAUCCGAAGAAGCAGCUGGGGCAGCAGUACGGUAAACACCACUCCCAAAGGUUCUCCACCGCAGAUCCAAACGGUGAGCCGGAUCCCAGAUUCUACACGCAUGGCACCUGUAGAUCCAUACCAAGUCCUUGGGCCCACUAGCAGCCGCUUGGCAAACCCAGGUAGCGGUCAGAUCCAGCUGUGGCAAUUUCUCCUGGAGUUGCUCUCGGACAGCAACAAUUCCAGCUGCAUCACCUGGGAGGGGACCAACGGUGAGUUCAAGAUGACGGAUCCCGACGAAGUGGCGCGACGUUGGGGCGAGCGCAAGAGCAAGCCCAACAUGAACUAUGACAAGCUGAGCCGGGCGCUGCGCUACUACUACGACAAGAACAUCAUGACCAAAGUGCACGGCAAACGCUACGCCUACAAGUUCGACUUCCAGGGCAUCAACCAAGCUCAGCAGGGGCAGCCGGGUGAGCCAGCCCUUUACAAAUACCACCACACGGAACUGCCUUACCUGCCCCCCUACCACCAGCAGAAGGUGGGCUUCGGCCUGGGCCAUAGCACGCAGAUGCCCGCCUCAUCCUCAGGUUUUUUUGGCCCACCUGCCCCGUAUUGGAAUUCCACAGCGGGAAACCUGUACCAGAACCCCCCUGUGUCCAGGCAGGCUACCAACCACUUGGGCUCUUUCUUCUAAUCUCCAGAAAGUCCUGGAGCUACCUGAACUUCUACCGGAAGAUCUCAUUAUACAAACAUCCUACCACACCCAGAAACUGGGAUACAGGGAGUAUCAUCUUGAACGUAUUCGUGGCCAUCAUGAAUAAAGAGGGCAGGGAAGAGAGCAGUACCACUCCCCGCCACCAGCAGGCACUGUUCUGCUGCGCUACCAAAAUAAUUGUGUGAUCAUCUUCUAAUCCACUCAUGGACUUAAGGUGGAAGACUUUUACCAACCAGAUUUUGUGCUAUCAACGCCUGAAUUUUGCAGAGAUAGGCCGGAUCUCAGAAUUAUAGGAGACACAGAUGAGUUGCCUCAGCUUGCUUAAUUCCCCACCCCCACCCGCCACCUAGUAUUACACCAUGUACAUUACGGAAGCAGGAGUGAUAUAUUUCUUUGUAUAUGAAGUAGCGGCAAGGAUGAGGUUCUCACUUUAGGCUAGGGUUCCUCAAUCUUAGCAACUUGAAGUUGUGUGGACUUCAACUCCCACAAUCCCUCAUCCCCUCAGCAUGCUGGUUAACAUCUUGCAUCCUGACUGGAGAAUUCUGGGAGUUGGUAUCUACUCAUCUUCAAGUUGCCAAGGUUGAGAAGCAUUACUUUGGCUAUUACAUUACAGUCAUUUUUAAUCUUUUCAGAAGUGGAAAUCCUGUCUAGCCCAAAUGUCCAACGUAUUCCCUCUGGUGCUGCUGUGAGCCAUUAAAAUACUUCAGUUGCAGUACUAGAAGGCUUUUGGGAACUGCCAAAACCUGAAAAAUUGUAGUUCAGAGUUUUCUUUAGUCAGAUUUAUUAAAACGUAUGGGGGAUAGCAAGAAUUCCAGGAACUUUUCUCAAUUUAAAAACCAGUAUCUCUCUUAAGUAUUUUAAGGAGAUUUUCUGAUUCCCCCCCCCCCCAACCACCUAUACUCUAUGGGUCCCUUUAGUGAUAUAAUGGGAAAACUUGCAGCUGUUUUCAGCAGGGCCUUCUGAAUCAUUUUCAGUUUGGAGACCAACUCUUCCAAAUUCAAUUUCAAAUAAGGACCAAAUUCAACAGACUUGCUUUCUCAAAACGAGAACAUCCCAGAGGUGUGGACCUAAGAGGCCCAUAAUUCCCAGCUAGCUAGUUAAAACGUUUAUUCUUUUGGAAUUAUGGAAAUUGUUGUUCCAAUGCAUCUCAAUUGGUCCAGACUGGCAAAGAUUGGAAGUUCUUGGGGAAAGAAAGAAGCAAAAAGUAACUAUAGUUCUGUUUGCUCUUAUAAAGUGUUAAUUCUCCUUGGAAUUUCAGAACUUUUUCAUAUGACGACAAUGGUGUGUGUGUGUGAACGGACUCUGGACUCUUUUCACUCAUAAUACAGAUGGCUCAAUGGAAGCACAAUAAGCGGAUAAACUACUGAAGCUGUAGGGUGGACUGAACAGGAAAAACAUGGCCCUAACCCUAACCCUAGAAAGAGCUACCUGCAAAUUUAAAACGAACAGUAUGGUUACUGUGCUAGCUUUCUAUUUAUAGGAAUACCUCAGUAUUAUUAUUAUACACACUGGAAUGCACCACUUCUAGGCUGCAGUAGCAUCGUACUCUAUGAUCCUAUGGGUAUCAAGUCAAACAGUCAGGUAGCGAUGGUGUAACGAGCAGUUGCGUCUACAGAGACUAAAGGAUCUUGCUCCAACAGAAUAGCAUUUCUCAACCUAUGCUGCGGCGUUAAAAUGCGUGGACUUCAACUCCCAGAAUUCACCAUUCCCAGCAUGUUGGCUGGGGAAUGCUGGAAGUUGAAGUCCACACAACUUAAAGAUGCUGAGGUUCAGAAACACUGCUGUGGAGCAAAGGAUUCACGUACCAGUGUGUCCUGGUGUGUCCCAUUUCACUUACAGCAGAGGUUUUCAAACUUGGUAGCUUUAAGACUUGUGGACUUCAACUCCCAGAAUUCACCCUUCCCAGCACAUUGGCUGGGGAAUGCUGGGAGUUGAAGUCCACACAAAUUAAAGAUGCUGAGGUUCAGAAACACUGCUGUGGAGCAAAGGGUUCACGUACCAGUGUGUCCUGGUGUGUCCCAUUUCACUUAGAGCAGAGGUCUUCAAACUUGGCAGCUUUAAGACUUGUGGACUUCAACUCCCAGAAUUCUCCAGCCAGCUUCUGGGAGCUGAAUUCCACAAGUCUUAAAGCUGCCAAGUUUGAAGACCUCUGAUUUAAGAGACUCUCUAAAAUCAUUUGUCUAGAUGGCUUCUAGACAAACCCCAGUGAGUGUAGAACCUCUAAUGAGAAUGCACCACUGCCCAAGACAGAUCGCUCUGCUACUAAAUAGUUCUUAUCAAUGAUGAUGCUUCUCUUUUAAAAAAAUCUUUCCCCUCAGUGUUUAAAGAACUAUUUUUCUAGUUUUAAAUGCUGAAAAUUCACUCGUUGAGAGGUAGGACUGUUUUGCCUGGUGGAAGAAACGGCUUAAGUUUUGCAACUUUGAUGUAUGGACACUCUCUAUGUGCACAAAUCAGGAUUUAAACAAACUUUUAAGUACUUAUAUCAUUCCAAAGAUACAGUGACACACACAUACCCCAGCCCAGGUGGAAGGAAUGACUGUUCUGCAGAAAAUAUUCCUUUACUCCAGGGGUGUCAAACUCAAGGCCCAGGGGUGCUUAGAUCUGUCCCACAGGACCACCCCAUGUGGUGGGACAGCGAGGGACCAGCCCAUGGUGCCUCUGCCAGUGAAAACAGAGCUUGGGAGGGGGCUGCAGACAGCUCUCCCGAGCGCCGUUUUCACUGGCAGAGGGUUGCAGGAGGCCGUCGCAGCCGAAAACGGAGCUCAGGAGCCCAUUUUUGCUGGCACAGCACUCGGGCUUCCCCAGGCGACCCCGACACAAGUGACGUUGAGCUGGUCAUGCCCCCCCUGACCACCCCCCCAAGGUCAAACACAACCCUGAUGCGACCCUCAAUGAAAUCGAGUUUGACACCCCUGCUUUUGGACUCAAUAUUUACAACAUACAGAGUAUAGGUUUGCCCUCGACUCACGAAUUUGAGCCCCAAAUUCCUGUUGCUAAGCAAGACCAUCAUCGAGUGAGUUUUGCCCCUUUCAUGCCGUUAAGGUUGUAAAGCGAAUCACACUGCAGUUGUUUAGUUCGUAACACGGUUAUUAAGGGAGUGAUGUCUUCCCCAUGGACUUUUGCUUGUCAGAAUGUCGCCAAAUGACACUGCAACCGUCAUAAAUACAUCCCAGUUGCCAAGUGUCUGAAUUUUGAUCACGUGACCAUGGGGAUGCUGCAGUGGCUAUAAAGCGUGAAAAAAAGAUAAUAAAUCACUUAAGUGCUGUUGUAACUUUGGGUAAUUAAAUGAAUGGUUAAGGACUACCCGAAUAUGGAACCUCAGGAUAGUGCCUGCAGCCCACAAAACCACAUCUGCAUCAAUUUAACUACCUUUUGCAACACAGAGAUGUACAAUACUGCACUUAACUUUUUGUGAAUAUUUUCCCCUCUCCAAUGCAACCACACCCCCACUUUUCUGUUCUAGAACUCUUUUAUCGUUUUGUACUGGUUUACUGUGUAUUAAAAGUUGUGUUGUGAUUUAA